ACUCAUUCUUAUUUACAUUAUUAUUGAUUGUUCAUUGUUGUGGAUUGUGUCGGGUUUUGGGGUGUGAAAUAUAUUACGUUCUGGUCAGGCUGACUUCGUGUUCUUGAUCUGAGUUUUGUUGAAGUCCUGUAGGAUAGACACUGGGAGGGAUCUAGUGUAGAUAAUCGUUGAAGCGUUACAACAUCAGACGAGGUAAUACCGAGCGUUAUAAAAACCGACGACGGAACGUUAUAACAAUUGGCGACGGGUUAAAAAACAAAGAACCUAAAGUACAAACCACAAGUUAUAUCAAUUGCCCACGGUGUUUAAAACGGAUCUACGUCUACAUAUUCAGUUAAAGUGGAUUUUAUAAUAAAAUGGAUGAUCUGAAAAUCUUAUUGCAACAGCAAAAUUCUCUUAUCGAAUUAUUGGUGAAAAAUAUGUCAAUAUCCUCAAGAACCAAUGUAUCUAAUCCCACUAUGACUCCGGAUUCUAUUGCGAACUCAAUAGAUGAAUUUAGAUUUGAUCCAGAAUGUGGAAUUACUUUUGAAGCAUGGUUUAAACGCCAUGAGGAUUUAUUUAUUAAUGAUUGCAAAGAGUGGGAUGAAGGCUCAAAAUUGAGAUUAUUAUUACGUAAGCUCGGAGUGUCGGAACACGAAAAGUUCUGUAAUUUUAUCCUUACAAAAAAGCCAACCGACACAACCUUCACAGAAACAGUUGAGUGCCUGACACGCAUAUUUGGUGAACGAUCUUCAGUCUUUCACACUAGAUUCCAGUGUCUUCAGCUUGUAAAAAAACCUCAGGACGAUUAUAUGACAUACGCAAGCAUUGUGAACCGGGAAUGUGAACGGUUCCGUUUACAAGAAAUGUCAUCAGAUCAAUUCAAAUGCCUUAUUUUCGUAUGUGGGUUACAAUCUGCCGCAGAUGCAGAUAUUAGAACACGUAUUUUAACGCGAAUUGAACAAGAUCCUAAUAUUAGUCUGCAAUUCGUAUCUGAAGAAUGCCAAAGAAUGGUUAAUCUGAAGCAUGACACCAAUCUAGUAGAAAAGAACAAGGAACAUGUGGAAGUUAAAACCUUGCAGAAAGCUUUUAACGGAAACAAGGAUCAGUACUCUUACCAAAGUCCAAAGCAAACGAAACCCAAAAUGUGUUGUUGGCGGUGUGGUAAGCGUCAUUCUCAUAAUGUUUGUUAUUUUAAAAAAAGAGUUUGUUUUCGAUGUGGUAGAUACGGUCAUGCUCAAGUAUGUUGUAAAAGGAGACAAAAGAUUGUCGAUCAUCAGAGUAAGGCUCGUAAAGGAAAUAAGACGCAGACACCGAAAGAAAUCCCACAUAAUUCGAGUGUCAUUCUGACCACAAAAAGCGCUCAUUUUUCAUCUAAAAGGAAAUAUGUAACUCUAUUUUUCUAUGGUAAACCUAUUAAGCUGCAAGUUGAUACGGGGUCAGACAUAACAUUAAUUUCUAGAAAGACGUGGAUAAAUCUUGGUCGACCUCGAUAUCAUCCUACAUUUUACAACGCUAAGAGUGCAACAGGAACAAAUAUUACUCUUCUUGGUGAAAUGCAGCUACCUCUCACAUUAGGUGACAAGACUAGGACCGGGAAAUGUUAUGUGUCUGGGAAUUGUCAUACCAACUUACUAGGUAUUGACUGGAUAGAUAAACUUGGUUUAUGGGAUUUGCCGUUGAGCACUGUUUGCAAUAUGAUUAAUUCACCAGUACCUAAAUCGCUGUCAAGUGACUUUAGUCGGUUAUGUGUAAAAGAAUUGCGUGAUAAGUUUUCAGACAUCUUUGAGGAUAAAUUGGGACUAUGUGUAAAAGUAAAGGCUCGUAUAUAUGUUCAGCAGGAAGCGAAACCUGUGUUCCUUCCAAGGAGACCGGUACCUUAUUCGAUUACUGAUGCCUUGGAUGCAGAACUUGACAGACUGCAGAACUCUGGGGUUAUUUCUCCUGUAAAUUAUUCUGCAUGGGCAACACCAUUAGUGGUUGUAAGGAAAUCUGAUGGUAAAAUACGUGUAUGUGGAGACUUCUCCACUGGACUAAACAAAGCACUACAGGACCAUUUAUACCCCUUACCCAUCCCAGAGGAUUUGUUUACUAAAUUGAAUGGGUGCUCCAUAUUUUCGAAGAUUGAUUUUUCAGACGCAUAUCUCCAAGUGGAGGUCGAAGACGACUGUAGAUUUUUGCUGACAGUAAACACACAUCGAGGAUUGUUCCAAUAUAAUAGACUGCCUUUUGGUAUAAAAUGUGCCCCGGCAAUUUUCCAGCAAGUCAUGGACACUAUGUUAAACGAUAUUCCGUUUGCCAUGGCAUAUAUGGAUGAUAUUAUUAUUGCUAGUAGAAGUGAAAAAGAACACUAUGAUCAUUUACUAGAAGUCUUCGCUCGUAUUAGAGAGUAUGGUUUUCGUAUAAAAGUAGAAAAGUGUUCAUUUUUUAUGUUAAGUAUUCGAUAUUUGGGAACAAUUAUCGAUUCUCAGGGACGUAGACCUGAUCCUGAAAAAGUACAUGCCAUUGUGAAUAUGCCAGCUCCAUCUAAUGUUAAAAUGCUUCAGUCAUUUUUGGGAAUGAUUAACUAUUAUAGCCAUUUUGUGCCAAAUAUGCAUACCCUGCGUGCUCCAAUGAAUGCACUAUUAACUAAGAAUACCAAAUGGAACUGGAAUAAGGAAUGUCAAGUGUCCUUCGAAAAAGUGAAACAGAUCUUGGCUUCUGAUUUAUUGCUUACUCAUUAUGACCCAAAACUUGAGUUAGUAGUAGCGGCAGACGCAUCUGAUUAUGGCAUUGGAGCGGUGAUUCUUCAUAAAUUUCCUAAUGGGUCACAAAAAGCUAUUUUUCAUGCUUCACGCACUCUUACUGUGGCUGAAAAAAAUUACAGUCAAAUCGAGAAGGAGGCUUUAGCCCUAGUGUUUGCGGUCAGGAAGUUCCACAAGAUGUUAUACGGUAGGAAAUUUACAUUGCAAACUGAUCAUAGACCAUUGCUGGCUAUAUUUGGCUCUAAGAAAGGAAUACCCAUCCACGCUGCAAAUCGGCUGACUAGGUGGGCUACUAUGUUGCUUGGAUACGACUUCGAAUUACUGUACAAGCCGUCAGCUUGUAUGGGUCAUGCAGAUGGGUUGUCAAGGUUAAUUGCUAAUAACCGUAAGUUAGAGGAAGAUAGCGUGGUUGCUUCUAUAUCAAUUGAACCGGAAAUAAAACGAGUGUUCUGUGAUGCUAUUAGAAUCCUACCAGUAACGGCGGAAGCGGUUAAAGAAGCUACGGCUAGUGAUCCUCUACUCAAAAGAAUAAAAGGAGCAGUUUUAAAUGGUUGGAAAGAGGAUAAGGCUGAUCGAGAAUUUCACCAAUUUUUUCUGAGACGUGAGUCUAUAUCGAUUUAUGAUAAUUGUUUAAUGUUUGGCGAUCGUGUUGUUAUCCCUAAAUCUCUUCAGUUUUUUGUGCUUAGACAGUUUCACAUUGGUCAUCCGGGAAUGAACAGAAUGAAAGCAAUUAUGCGUAGUUAUGUCUAUUGGCCAUUCAUGGAUAAGGCUGUGGAAGAACACGUAUUGAGAUGUCGUCGAUGUGCCGAAGGUGCAAAAGAUCCACCGAAAGUAGAAUCCCAGCCAUGGCCAGAAACGAAAACGCCUUGGGUUCGACUACACGUCGAUUAUGCUGGACCAAUAAAUGGACACUAUUUUUUGGUGGUGGUAGAUUCAUACUCAAAAUGGCCUGAAAUUUAUGUUGUGCGAAGACCUUCUACGUCUGAAACACUGUUACAUCUCAGACAACUAUUUGGUAGGUUUGGGACACCUAAUGUUUUGGUUUCAGAUAACGGGACGCAGUUCACGUCGUCACAGUUUGCGGAGUUCUGUAAACAAAAUGGAAUCGAACACAUUAGAACUCCACCGUAUCACCCUCAGUCAAACGGACAAGCAGAAAAGUUUGUUGAUAUUUUGAAGCGAGCUCUCUUAAAGAUGGGAAGAGAAGAUAAUGUAGAAGAGGCUCUGCAACAGUUUCUAAUUUCUUAUAGAAUCACACCGAGUUCAAACUGUCAAGACGGGAAAUCACCAGCCGAAAUAAUGUUUGGCCGACCAAUUAGAACAUUGUUGAAUGUUUUGAAUCCGAAAGACAAAGUGUAUGGACUACAAAAAAAUAAGGAAGGGAAUUAUCCGAAGAUUCGAGAGUUUAAAGUAGGUGACUUAGUUUAUGCACGUGACUUCCGGCCUGGAAAGCCGAGAUGGAUAUUUGGAUGUAUUAAAAAAAGACGUGGGACAGUAUUGUAUGAGGUUAUGGUGGAAAAUACACUAAUUAUCAGACAUAUCAAUCAACUGAGAGACAGAAGAAAUGUUUAUGAGUCACCUAAAGUCAAAUCUUUACCAAUCGAAGUAUUAUGUGAUACUUUUAAUAUCCCACCACCACCACAAGUUGAAAUGGAAAAAAAUGAACUGAAAUCAGAUGCCAGUCGAAAAUCAUCACGUGAACGAAAACAAACGAGAUUUUUUCAAAUAGACCCGAGAGCGAAGUCAUACGAUCAAACUUCGUGAGGGAGGUGUUGUGUGGGCGAGAACGAUCGUGAUUGGUUGUCUGCUUAGUCAGACAUGUAGACAGUCUGACAGUGUCAGAUAAGUUAUAUAUUCUCUUACCCUUAUCAUUGUGACUCACUCAUUCUUAUUUACAUUAUUAUUGAUUGUUCAUUGUUGUGGAUUGUGUCGGGUUUUGGGGUGUGAAAUAUAUUACGUUCCGGUCAGUCUG